UUCACACAUGGUAGAGAUGCAACUCUCUCUUUUUAUAACUUGAAAUGAAUAAACCUAUUACAAUACAUUGUCCUUCCCUCUCAUGCAAGCGAAGUAUAAAAUCCCACCUCAUUAUACCAUUUUCUCCAUCUCAAAAUACUCCUAAUCAUACACAUCUCUACUCUUGAACUACAAUUAGUAGAGAUUAAACAAAAUAAAUGGCAACUACCUUCUCCAAAUCCCUAGUCCUUUUCCUCGUCCUCAACCUUCUCUUUUUCUCCCUCGUUUCAGCAUGCGGCGAGUGCGGAAGUGGUGGUAAGCCAACGCCCAAACCCAGGCACAGCACACCGUAUCCUGGAAGUGGAUCCCCCCGUGGUGGUUACCCGGGUUCCGGAAGCACCCCCUCGACUGGAGGUACCCCUUCCACCGGAGGCUCAUCAUCCGGGGCUUGCCCAAUUGAUGCCCUUAAAUUCGGUGUGUGUGCCAAUGUGCUCACUGAUUUGCUCAACCUUAACCUCGGUACUCCACCAAAGACACCUUGCUGCCCCCUCAUUGCAGGGCUUGUCGAUCUUGAGGCUGCGGUGUGCCUUUGCACUGCCAUUAAGGCUAACAUCUUGGGUAUUAACUUGAACAUCCCACUCUCUCUUAGCUUGCUUGUUAACUACUGUGGUACAAAAGUCCCUCGUGGAUUCCAGUGUGCCUAAGCCAUAUUUUCGCAGACCAAUAUAUUCUUGAUUUGCGCACGUUUAGCUUGAUGGACCGACUAGUUGACGUCAAAAAAUAAGUGUGCGCGGCAUAUGGUGAACAACUUGUUUCCUGUUGCCAUAAUGUUUUUUUAAUUGGACGUUUAUAUUAUGUACUAGUAUGAAUUGUUUUGAUGAGUGAAUCUUUUCCUGCCUGACGCUAUUUAAUUAAUUGGUGUUCUAUGUAACGUGAGUUUUAUAGACAAUGUUACUUACCUUACAUCAGCUUGGUUUU